CGUUUUCGCGCCAAAUUUUCUACAUAUACCAGAUCGACUACCACUCAAUAUCCAUUUUCGACAGUUAAACACUUUGGUUAAUAAGACUUAAAUGUGGAAGAUUGAGCGCUUAACAAGCAUCUGCCCUCUGUGUAUAGUUGAUUGUGUAUAGUAUUGCCAAUCUUACAAAUUGAAUUGGCGAGCUGUCAAUCCAUCAAUAUCCAGGGAUGUGCGUGUGACAAAAAAAUAGAAAGAAUUAUUCAUUUAUUCUUAAAUUGGGACACAUUUUUUUUCAAUUUAAAAUGGAGAGUAAGCCGAAACCAAAACUUAUAGUUUUCGACUUGGAUUACACAUUGUGGCCAUUUAGGGUAGACAGAAAAAAUAAUGUAGAGCCUCCAUUCAACAGAACACCUGACGGUAAAGUGUUUGACGCCAACAGUAGGGAGAUCAAAUCCUUUCCAGAUAUAGAUCAUAUUAUAUUGAAAUUACACGGUGAUGGUUACAAAUUAGCAAUCGCCUCAGAGGCUUUCUAUAAAGACGAAACAAGACGACUUGUAUCUUACUUUGGUUGGGAUGAAUAUUUUGACUACAUAGAAAUCUACCCGGGAUCAAAAAUUACUCAUUUCUUACAAAUUAAAAAAGAAAGUGGGAUUGAGUUUCCAGAUAUGAUGUUCUUUGACGAUGAGAGAGAUCAUCUCUCUGAAGUAGCACAUACGUGUUUAGGAGUGACCUGUAUCUGGGCCAAUCGUGGAGUGUCAGAAGAAAUUCUAGAUGAAGCUUUUCAAGCUUUCGUUAACAACCACACAGACAACAUAAAUACAAGUACUCUAUCUAUAAACAGUGUAGAUUCUGAUGAAUCACAAAGUGAAACAACUGUGAUUUACUGUCACAGACGCAGAGGAUCACGUGCAUCUAUACAAUAUGAUGUCCCUCCUGUCAUCGACCGUGCUAUACGACUGCGCGGACGAAGAAUGUCAGCGCCUGCUUUAAGUAUAAACUUGAAAAACGACAAGAAGAUGUUCGCCUGUCCCGAAAUUAUUGAAAACUAAAGUUAUUAAUAAGAACAACACAUAAGAAACUAGAUUAGAAAAGUCUUGAAAAAUAGUUGAAAAAUAGUUGAUGAAACCAGUGCUGACGACACUUUAGACGUCGACAAUU